AUGAGAAUGCAUUUGCAUUUGACCUUGGUAGCUCUUGGAGCUGCCUAUGUUUGUGCCAAUACUGUAGAAAGUACCAUGAAUAGACUGGUGGCAGAGACCUUGACACUGCUCUCCACGCAUCGAACUCUGCUGAUAGGUGAUGGGAACUUGAUGAUUCCUACUCCUCAGCAUACAAAUCACCAACUAUGCAUUGAAGAAGUCUUUCAGGGAAUAGACACGUUGAAGAAUCAAACUGCACAAGGGGAGGCUGUGAAAAAAAUAUUCCAAAACUUGUCUUUAAUAAAAGAAUACAUAGACCUCCAAAAAAGGAAGUGUGGAGGAGAAAGAUGGAGGGUGAAACAAUUCCUCGACUACCUGCAAGUUUUCCUUGCUGUGAUAAACACAGAGUGGACAAUGGAAAGCUGA